GCGGGUUUUCUUGUUUCAUUGAGGUUGACUCCCCGCGGCCCGGGCUGAUGGAGAACCCGAGAGACCUGGUGGAGCGCCCCUCCAGGAAGCGCUGUGACUCCUUCGGGAUGCUGGACAGUUUGGAGGAAGACCGCAGCAGCUGCAGCUCUGAGUCCAGCGGUGGCAGCGGAGGCUCCACCCCUGAGGACAGCGAGGAUGAAGAUUACGGAGGAGGAGGAGGAGGGGUGACUCACCUCAACCCCUCCUCCUCCUCCCUGACGCUCAUUAAGACUAACGGACAGGUGUACACCUACCCCGAUGGAAAGGCCGGCAUGGCAACCUGUGAGAUGUGUGGUAUGGUGGGGGUCAGAGAUGCUUUCUACAGUAAAACUAAACGCUUCUGCAGCGUCUCCUGUUCCAGAAGUUUCUCCUCCAACUCCAAGAAGGCUAGCAUCCUCGCCAGACUGCAGGGGAAGCCUCCCACAAAAAAGGCCAAAGUUCUGCAGAAACAGCCUCUGGUGAGUAAACUCGCCGCAUACGCUCAGAACCAGACGCACCAGCACAGCGGGGUCAAGAAGAGCGUCACUCUGGAUGCAUUUGACUGGGGCCGUUAUCUCGGGGAUGGAGAGGUGACGGGAGCACCGGUCAGCUGCUUUAAACAUGUAAAGAUGGGGGCAUCAUGGGGCGACAUCAGUGAGGGAGUGCGGGUUGAAGUCCCAAACACUGACAGCGGUUUGCCCAUGAAGGUUUACUGGAUCGCUGGAAUCAUCAAACUGGCUGGUUUUAAGGCCCUGCUUCGUUAUGAGGGAUUUGACGGUGACUCCACUAGAGACUUCUGGUUGAACCUUUGUGUGCCUGACAUCCAUCCUGUGGGCUGGUGUGCUUCGGGGGGCAAACCCCUCGUACCCCCUCAGACAAUCCUGCACAGGUUCACAAAUUGGAAGACGUUUCUGAUCAAAAGACUGACGGGAUCCAAAACGCUGCCGCCAGACUUCUCCUCCAAGGUGCAGGAGAGUAUGCAGGUCCCCUUUAAGAAGCAGAUGAGGGUGGAGGUGGUGGAUAAAACUCACCUGUGCAGGACGCGGGUUGCUCUAGUGGAACAAGUGAUCGGCGGCCGUCUCCGUCUGGUGUACGAGGAGUGUGAAGACGGGACAGACGACUUCUGGUGUCACAUGUACAGUCCUCUGAUCCACAGCAUCGGCUGGUCCCGAUCCAUCGGACACCGCUUCAAACGGACUGAUGUUUCCAAGAAGUUAGGAGCCCAGACGGAUGCUCCAGGACAGCUGUUUGCAAAGGUAAAAGAGGUGGAUCAGAGCGGCUCCUGGUUCGAGGAUGGGAUGAAGCUGGAGGCCAUCGACCCUCUGAACCUGUCUGCUAUCUGUGUGGCCACAGUGAGGAAGGUCCUGGCAGACGGCUAUCUUAUGAUCGGGAUCGACGGCUCAGAGGCGGCUGAUGGAUCAGACUGGUUCUGUUAUCACUCCACCUCCCCCUCCAUAUUCCCCGCUGGCUUCUGCGAAAUCAACAACAUUGAGCUGACGCCGCCUAGAGGUUACACCACUCUUCCCUUCAAAUGGUUUGAGUACCUGAAGGAGACUAAAUCUGUGGCGGCUCCUGUCACCCUCUUCAACAAGGAUGUUCCGAAUCACGGUUUCCGUCCUGGGAUGAAGCUGGAGGCUGUUGACCUCAUGGAGCCCAGGUUGGUCUGCGUCGCCACAGUCACACGCAUCGUCCACCGUUUGCUACGGAUACACUUUGACGGCUGGGAGGACGAGUACGAUCAGUGGGUGGACUGCGAGUCCCCUGACCUGUACCCGGUGGGCUGGUGUCAGCUGACGGGGUACCAGCUGCAGCCGCCCGCUGUCAAUGCGGGCUCCAGAGAUCCUCAUUCAGCAGCAUCCAAACAGAGGAAGAAGUCCCAGCAGUACAAAGGACAGAAGAAAAAGAGGAAGUUGCCCAUCGCCAAACGACCAGUCAGCCUCUCGGGUGCCGUGGUAACAGGAGUCCCCAGGAGCCUAUCAGGAGACGAGAAUGAGACUCCUCCUGACUACCCAUCACCCCCCACUCCAGCCUCAGCAGCUCAGCCCCCUUCUGUUGACCCAGAAAGCAGCCCCAACACUGAGGGGGGGACAGGUUCGCUGAUUAAAGAGGAGAACGUGGAGGGUUCAGAGUUUUCUUCAGAGCGGACUGAAACCGAAACCAAUGGAUCUUCUGGAGAGUUAUUUAACAACCAGGACCAGUAGGAGACAUCCAUCCCUUUCUUUAUCUCUCACUCAAUCCAUCCAUUUGUUUCUGACAUUCAAUCCUUAAUCAAUGUGAUUGAUUUGAUAAUCGUUUUGGACACACUUAAGUUCCACAGUCAUAGAGGUUUAAAAAUGCUCUCUGCAUUUUUAAAAACCUCUAUAAGGCCCUCCUCUAAUUGAUCUCUGUGCCCGGUCAGACCAUGAAGUGGAACAGAUUGAUUUAUUCAGACCUAUUACCUGAUUGCCAUGACGCAGGCUCAUAAGAUAACCACCAAAAUAUUUAUCUAAACCAAACCUGUAUUACUUGUAACAUUUUGGAAAAACCAUUUCAGCAAGUGUUUAUUAAUAGAACCAUUUCCUUUGUCCCGGAUCCCACCCUGGCUAAGUCUGUUUGUUAGCUUGUCGUCUAACAUUUAGGCAGCAAGCUUGAAGGUUACAUUUCAGAAAGUGUUAUGAGCAAAUAAAGUGAGUUAAAUUUAUCUUAACUGUACAUUUAAUGCUGGUCUGACCGGGUAGUACUCUUCUUUUCCAGCCUCUUUUCUAAAUUCAAAUUCUCUCACCACUUUACCUGAAAUUUCCCAAGAACAAAAUACCCUAAACACAUUUCAAAGUAAAAACUGCAGUUCUGCUUGAAGAAUUACUAAAAAAAACUCAAAGCUCUCCUGACUGAGCAACAAGAGCAAAAAAAACAAGAACAAAAAAAAAAGCGAAAGAAGAAGAAAAGGGGGACAGGUAUGUCACAGACUGUUUCCUGUCUCAUCUUUGAAUCCUCUGAGAAAAAAAAAGAGAACAACUGAAAAAAGAAGAAAACUUUUCUAUAAUGUUUUUCAACGCCAAGAUCUUUGUUGUUUGUAUAUGUUGAUGUUGUGUGUUCAAGGGUCAUAACUCUUGACGUUAUAAUGUUAAUACUGAAUGCUGUGUAAUGUCAUGUUGAGAUUAGCAGUCAUUUAAAAAGUCUGUGUGUGGGGUGUGUGUGUGUGUGUGUGUGUGUGUGCUGUGGUUUAAUUCUGAAGACUUAGAGGAUAACAAGAAAUAAGAAACCAGCAAACAGGAGCCACAGCAGCUUAACUGUUUUAGUUUUAAAAUCAUUUUUUAUAUUGUUACAGAGUCCCGUCAAACAGGAGACGGUACCAGCAGCUGUAAAUUAUUUAAUAAGCUAUGACGUGUUUCUUUGCUGUACAUCACUCUUGAAGAUUUGAACGGGAUAAAAAAUAAUGAGAUUUGGUUGAAGGGGUUUUACCAAGAUCUUGGUCUACAUGAAAUUCCUCUUCCUUAAAAAAAAAAAAAAAACAUAUUUUUGUCUAAAAAAUCACCUCACUUCUUAUAGUUAAAUAACUGCAAUAAGAAAAAAUCUAAAAUACUGCAAUAAGAGAUUAGUAUAGUGUACCUCGGAUAAUGUAGUUUAAAAAAAAAUCAACAGUGUUGCAAAUACAUUUCUUGGUAUUAACAUUAAACAUUUCAUAUUACUUUGAUAUAAUUUUUUCAAAUGUAACAAGUUUGAAACUUUUUAAUCAUUUAAAAUUCACAAAAAAACUUAAAACUUAAUCUAAGCAGAUAUUCUUACAGAUACAGUGCUUAACAAAUUUAUUAGACCACCACCCAACGUAAGGUUUAUGCCACAA